AUAAAAUACCCAGGAGCUGAUAUGGAUAUCACUUUAUCUGCUCCUUCAUUUUGUCGUCAAAUUAGUCCAGAGGAAUUUGAAUACCAAAGAGCAUAUGGCUCUCAAGAGCCUCUGGCAGGCUUGUUGGAGGAAGUCAUAACAGACAGCAAGCUCUCCAGCAAAGAGAAGAAGAAAAAACUGAAGCAGUUUCAGAAAUCCUAUCCUGAAGUCUACCGAGAACGAUUUCCUACACCAGAAAGUGAAGCACUUCUGUUUCCUGAAAAACCCAAACCGAAACCACAGCUGUUAAUGUGGGCACUAAAAAAGCCUUUCCAACCAUUUCAAAGAACUAGAAGUUUUCGAAUGUAACACUUCUACAGCAGCAGAGGUUGGAGACCUCUGCUGUUGUCAUCGUUGUUUUGAGUGAAUGGGUAGUUAGAAGAAAA